AUGGCUCAAGCCGCAAGACUCAAUCUCCGAAUGCAAAAAGAACUUAAACUCCUCAUCACCGAUCCACCUCCCGGCGCUUCUUUCCCUACCCUCUCUCCUACCUCCGAUCUUUCUUCCUUCUCACUCACCGCCAUUGAUGCCCAGAUCGAGGGUCCUGAAGGCACUGUUUAUGAAAAGGGGGUUUUUAAGAUAAAGGUUCAGAUACCCGAAAGGUACCCUUUUCAGCCACCGAUUGUAACAUUUAGCACUCCUAUAUAUCAUCCAAAUAUUGAUACAGGAGGGCGAAUCUGUCUCGAUAUUCUUAACCUCCCUCCAAAGGGUGCAUGGCAGCCAUCUUUAAACAUUUCAACUGUUCUAACGAGCAUUGGGUUGUUAUUGAGUGAACCCAACCCUGAUGAUGGUCUAAUGUGUGAAGCGAGUAGGGAGUAUAAAUACAACAAACAAGUCUUUGACCAGAAGGCGCGAUCUAUGACUGAAAAACAUGCCCGGUCAGAAGCAAGUCCAAAUCAUGCUGGGCUUCAGGUUCUUACAGAUUCAAGCAUGACAGAAGAUAAACCAACCGAACUAGCGAAGAUUGAUACACACGAGUAUGCUGUUGAUCUUAAAAAGCUUUCCGGGACCAAUCGAAAACUGUCAUUGGAUGCUUCUGGAUCAAACACGAAGGAGGUUGACACGAGGAUGAACGAGGCACCUUCGAACACCAUCCAUGGCCAGUCGCAAAUUCAAGAACGAAAACAAGAUUCAAAAGACACGCAAUUCAAGUAUGUAAUGAACCCUCAAAGCAUCCCUCUAAUAUCUUCUACCAACCACUAUGAUCAAUUUCCCGAUCAGCCACUCGAUCAUCAUCAGGAUCACAAACCAACAGUUGUUAGCUCAACAAAACUCUGCCUUUCUGGCAAGAAUACACAAGCUGAAAUCUUGGCUUCCAUCAAAAGAACUGAUGACCCGAUUUCUUCUGUGCUUUCUGCACAUAAUGAUCUAAAGAUUCAAAAGGAAGCCACUGAUAGAAGUUGCUUGAGUAACCCCAAGCGAAAGAAGCUAGGUUUGACGGGUAAAAAACCAUCUUUCGGGUUCUCAAGCGUAGCCCCGAAUAGAGAAAAUGACAAGAAGUGGAACAUGGGUUCGGGAGGAAGUAAAGGCAAACUCGGGGAAAAGGGUAUGAAUACAAAUCCUACAAAACUACCACGAAAACCACUUCAAGUACUCGAAGAAAAGCACACACAUGACUUGAAUUUGACAGCAGAUGCCGAAAUUCUACGUAAAAGUGGUUUAAAACAUGAUGGUGAAAGAUCGGAUGACGGGAUUUUGGAAGAAAAAGAAGGAUUGUGUGAUUCCGAGGGAGUGAUUGUGUUGGAUAGCGAAGAUAGUGAGGAGGAAACAUCGGGCAGCUUGAAUUCUAGACGUUUGAUUGCACGCAAACGUUUGUUGGGAAAACGUUAGGAUUUUGCCAAUCUUGUGUUUUGAACAGUUUGAUGUUUCAUGAAUCUGUAAAUCUGCUGUUAUUCUUCUAUGAAAGAAUGGUGGUUUUGUUUUUAUGAUACUUCUUGUUAAGAAAUCUGUUAUGUUA